AUGGCGGAAACUCGAGGCCCGCAGCUCACCGCGGUGAUGGUUGUGUUCCUAAGUUUGGCAUGGCUAACGAUGAUGCUUCGAACCUACGUGCGAGUCCGUAUGCUGAGGUCUUUCGGAUUAGACGACUGGCUUGCUGCUGUUGCACUGGUGCUUUUCACGGUAUACUCCACCUUUGUUUUCGAAUCGAUCAAGCAUGGCGUUACCCGGCACGUAUCCGACCUCAAACCAAGUCAAGUUGAACAAGUAAUCAAGGACUUCUAUGUCAACUCUAUAUUCUUUUUUUCCACCACCGCGAUGAUCAAGCUAUCAGUCAGUGCGCUUCUAUUGCGUAUCGCCGUAAAGCGAUACCAGCGCUACAUCAUCUACUCCCAAGUAGUAGUCACAGUUCUCUUCACUGUGGUCACAACUGUGUUAAUGGUGUUCUCGUGUCGCCCAAUCGAGUACUUCUGGACGCGAUACAAUCCGCUGCACACCUCAAAAGGCACAUGCGUCGUCGAAGCAAGCGGCGUAACUAUUAUUCUGUACGUGUAUGUUGGUCAUGCGGUCAUUGCCGACUUCACGUUCGCUAUCUUGCCGUGGUACAUCAUCCGGGGAUCUAGUCUGACGCCGAGAGACAAGGUCUCCAUUAUUGCAGUGCUCGGAAUGGGAAUGCUUGCAGGAAUAGCAGCUGCCGUUCGGACUCCAUAUGUCCACCGCAUAAACACGGGUGCCGACAUCACCUUCACUGUGGCUGAUGUGUCCAUUUGGGGCACCAUCGAGCCUGGGCUGGGACUGGUUGCGGCAUCUACGAGCACUCUUCGACCAAUAUUUCGGGACUUUCUCGCAAACAGUCGAUUUUUCGGAUCAGUAACUCCUCCGGGACAGUCGGGUUGGCAAAGUAGCCGCCGUGGAUACGUCCACGAAACAGCCAAUACACACGUGUUGAAAGUGCUGAGUGUCAGAGACAAAAGCGGAGAUGUUGUCGUAAGCUCGACCAAAUCUGCGGAAGACUCGGGCUUCUCCCAGAGUACAAACAACCGGAGUAUACGGAAUGGAAGUACCAGAGGAUUAGUAGUCCACGAAGAUAGCUGUGGAGGAAGUGGAGAUGACGUGGCAAGUGAAGAGGAAGGACCGGGUGCGGAGUGGGAGACUGGAAUUUUGAAAACCACAGAGUUUUCUGUCCAUAGAGAGGGGACAGACGUGGAGAGCGCGAUCUAAAAGCAGUGUUGUCCGCGGACGCUAGCCUCAAAAAAUCAUUCGAAAAUAUAAAAUGAUUGACUCCCCAAAUCUCUAACGUACGGAGAUUCUCCGGGAUCACAUGGCUCUUGGAAGUGUAUAAUGUCACUUAGUUUCCGGUCCCCCUAAUCUUAGGUGGGGUGUGCUUUUUCAUCCAACAAUGGCAUGUGGC